GUAACGAGUCGUUGACGACCAGGGGGAGGCACGAAAGUAUUCGAUUCCAAACGUUUCUGUUUGGUUUUCCAUCCGACGAAACAAUUCCCGGAAAAUAUAUUUCGAAGGAAAAGACUUUCCCUUUCUUACAUCUUUCUGAUUCUCUCUCUACAAUAUCCGAUCUCUCUCUCUAUAUCUUUCUGUUUCUCCGAACUAUCUCCGAUACAGCUUUGGUAUAAUUACGCCACAUAAAAAAGGUCGUGGGUCAACAAUCACCCCUAAAGAGUACAAUAAUUUCACUGGUGAACUUGGAUGUUAGUUGUCUAGGAAAGAGCGGAAGAGAAACCAAGCAGUAGUUACAGCUACUUCUUAAUCAGAACAAGCAUUUUACCAGGUUCUAUCGAUUACUGGAUGGCCCUCAUGGUUGAUGUAGCAUAAAUGGAAGGACAAAUUCCUGGACAGGUACUCCAAAUAUAUCAAAGCUUUGCUGGGAUUGAUGCCAUAUUCUUCAAUGAUAAACCUGAAAGGUUCCCACCGUCCAAUCAUAUCUUAUAGGCCUAUACGAUCCUCUGAUUUAGAGGUUGUUGAGAAAAUCCAUGGUGAUCUAUUUCCUAUCAGGUAUGAGCCUGAGUUCUUUCAGAAUGUCGUUAAUGGCCGUGAAAUCGUGUCGUGGGGAGCUGUUGACAGUAAUCGACCUAAUGGUCAAAGGGACGAACUUAUUGGAUUUGUUACUGCACGAAUUGUUCUGGCAAAAGAGAGUGAGAUAGAAGAUUUGCUCAGAUUUGACUCAUCAAAAUCAGAUCAAACACUAGUUUACAUUCUGACACUGGGAGUAGUAGAAUCUUAUAGAAACCUUGGAAUAGCUUCUUCACUUAUUCGAGAGGUUAUUAAAUAUGCCUCAAGUCUUCCUACUUGCCGAGCAGUUUACCUCCACGUGAUUUCUUACAAUAAUCCUGCCAUCCAUCUGUACCAGAAAAUGUCCUUCCAAUGUGUACGGCGAUUGUAUGGUUUUUAUUUCAUCAAUGGCCAGCAUUAUGAUUCAUACUUGUUCAUUUACUAUGUCAAUGGGGGUCGAUCUCCUUGCUCACCAUUUUUUCUGUUCUGCAGAGAGCUUUUGGCGCUUGUGGUGGCUUAUGUGAGGAGUGGGUUUAAAUCGGUGGCCGCAAGGCUAUGGAGGAACAAGGAGGGGGACCAUAGAUGGCUCAAAGGUAAAGACACCUGUUGCGUUGUAACUACAACUCAAAGCAAGAGAAUCCUCUCCUCUGAAGGUACUGGAUGCCAGUUUGUUUAAUGUUUUUAUAUUAGUCAGAUGUUGUUAUGAAAGAAAUUAGGCCAAAUAUCAUAAUAUUAAUGUAUUUAUCUCCUUUUCUUCUCUUCCCCAUCUUCCUUCGUCUGACCUAAUAUUAAUGUAUUUAUUAUCUUCUUUUCUUCUCUUCCUGUUCUUCCUUCCUAUGUCCUUCCAAGUAUACCUUCAAGCCAUUGAACAAUGUCUUAUGUAGCACAUUGAAUGUUCUAUAUCAAAGUAUUAUCUUGAUGUGCCUAA